AUGGAAUCGCACCAAUUUGAGAUCUUUAAACUGAUUCAGCCAAGUGAUCAACCAGUGGACGUAGAAAAAAUUAGAGAGUUAACACGCUUUGGUAUCCAAAAUGCAAUGCCUGAAGAUAGAUGUUCUGCAUGGCUUGUUUAUUUACAAAUUUAUCCUGAGAAUGGAAGCGAAUGGAAUGACACAAAGCAAAAGAACUUAGAAGUGUACAAUAUGUACAAAGAAAUGCAAGGAUUGAAUGAAUAUCAUACCAAACCAAUUCGUCAACACUUUAAAAAGGAAGAUUUCCAACUCAAAAAUAAUGACCUCAUGAAUCUCAUUCAUGGUGACAUUGUUAGAACAGGUCGCCAUAUAAUGCAUCUUCCAGAAUCAAGGUUACCAGGUGUUGAAUACGAGCCAUUACUCCAAGGAGAGGUAAAUAUUUUGAAGUGGGAAGGACAUAUGAGAAGAAUGGAGAGAAUUCUCUACAUUUUAGGCUCAAUUAAUCCUGCAUUAAGUUACAUGCAAGGUUUUAAUGAACUAUUGAUGCCAAUUUACAAUACAGUUUAUAAUGCACAAGCAAUGUUUAACAAUAACCUCGAUGAAGUAGAAUGCAUUUGCUUCUUUAUGCUCCAUAAUUUAAUUUCCAGAUCAAUGAUUACAGAUUUAUUCACAACACAAGAUAAAUCGUCAAUUAUUAUCCACAGACUCAAAGAAUUUGAUACAAUAUUACAAAAACACGUCGAAAUCGCACAUCGUAUCAUUAAUAAACACCAAAUCCAUCCUGUCUGCUAUUGCUUUAGAUGGUUCAGCCUAUUGUUCUGCCAGGACUACGAUCUUAAGGAUGUUCUUCUCAUUUGGGACGCUCUUCUUACGAAUUUUGACAUAAUUGUCAAAUAUUCGUUCUAUGUUGGAGCAGCACAAAUCUCUCUCAUCAAAGAUAAUCUUGACGAGAACGAUUACGCUGCAACAAUCCAUAAUUUGCAAAAUCUCCCUCAACUGGACGUACACGAGGUUUUGAAGAUUGCUGCUAACUUCUGGCAGAUUGAUAACGACAAAACAAUUACUGGACAGCUCCUCAAUGCUGAAGAAUUUAUCAAAAACAAAUUUGAUAUUACAGCAAAGAAAUUUAAGAAUUUCUUUAAUAAAAACUAA